AUGGCGCACAUGUGCAGGCAGGUGGCCGGUAGCGCGGCGAGCUGCGCGGGCUGGGUCGGCAUCAUCGUGGCCACGGCCACCAACGACUGGGUCCGGACCUGCGACUACGCGGUGGCCACCUGCGUCCGCAUGGACGAGCUGGGCUCGCGGGGACUCUGGGCCGAGUGCGUCAUCUCUCCGGCGCUUUAUCACUGCGUGGCGCUCAGCCAGCUCCUCUCCCUGCCAGCCUACGUCCAGACGUCUCGUGCCCUGAUGAUCUGCGCAUGUCUGCUCGGUCUCCCCGCGAUGCUGCUGGUGCUGAUGUCGAUGCCCUGCGUCAGGCUGCAGAACGACAACUCCUCCAUCAAGCAGCGCCGCUCCCGGGUGGGAGGCGUCUUCUUCAUCCUCAUGGCUUUGUGCGGCAUCGUAUCGACCGUCUGGUUCCCCGUCGGCGCUCACCGGGAGGAGGGUCUGAUGUCGUUCGGCUUCUCUCUGUACGCCGGCUGGGUCGGCGCCGGCCUCUGUCUCCUGGGCGGCGCCGUGAUCCUGUUCUGCCGCGGCAUCGAUCCCGGGACCCCGAGCCGGGACAACAGCUUCUACUACUCCAGGCAGGGGUCCACGGCCACGCCGCUGGACACCCCCGUCAACCACGCCAAGACCGUACGAGUGUGA